AUGGAUUCCAACAACCCCCGCGAGACCUGGAACCGCAUUCAGGCUGCCAUUACUCGGGUGCAGAGACAGGGUGGCCCUGGCAGGAGACCGCCAAAGGGAAUUUUGGGCGGUGGCGCUGCAUUGGUACUACUUGGUGCUGCAGCGGUUACUUUUAACAGCGCAAUUUUCAACGGUUUGCUUUUUUUUCAACUACUUUCCACCCCCCGUGCUCUGGCGUAGGGAAUUGGGCUGAUGAUUUGUAGUUGAUGGUGGUCAUCGUGCCAUCAAGUACACCCGUCUCGGAGGUGUCAAGAAGGAGAUCUACAAUGAAGGUUUGCGUGUUGGGGCAGGGUUUGCUGCGGCCUCAGGCUAAUCCUUUCCAGGAACACAUUUCGUUAUCCCCUGGUUCGAGACACCAAUUACUUAUGAUGUCCGCGCGAAACCGAGAAACGUUGCUUCAUUGACUGGUACCAAAGGUUUGUUACUCACGAGCUCUGUUCUUUUGUUUUUUUGUUCAUUGGCAUAUGAUGUUAAUUUAGACCAGAUCUCCAGAUGGUCAAUAUCACUUGUCGUGUGCUUUCUCGUCCUCGUGUCGACGCCCUCCCGACAAUUUACCGUACGCUUGGUAUUGACUACGACGAGCGUGUGCUGCCGUCGAUUGUCAAUGAGGUUUUGAAGUCAGUCGUUGCACAGUUCAAUGCUAGUCAGUUGAUUACCCAGCGUGAGAGCGUUAGUAGGCUUGUCAGGGAUAAUUUGGUAAAGAGGGCUGCGAGGUUUAACAUCAUGUUGGAUGAUGUUUCUUUGACGGUUUGUGCCACCGGAUAUAGGAUUGGCACAUUGUGGGCUAACAUAACUUUUCCCUAGCAUCUUGCUUUCUCACCUGAAUUCACCGCCGCGGUCGAGGCGAAACAAGUUGCUCAGUAGGUGCUUUGGGGUGUUCCGGUUCAGGCGAGUCCAGUUCGCUGACAGGUUUACAGACAAGAAGCUCAGCGUGCUGCUUUCAUUGUCGACAAGGCACGUCAGGAGAAGCAAGCCAUGAUUGUCCGCGCCCAGGGAGAAGCCCGUUCAGCAGAGCUUAUCGGGGAUGCUAUAAAGAAGUCCAAGAGUUACGUUGAGCUCCGUAAAAUUGAGAACGCCCGGAAUAUUGCCACAAUCCUCCAGGAGAGCGGUGGAAAGAACAAGCUCUUCCUUGACACUGACGGCUUAGGUUUGAAUGUUAUGGAGAAGAAAUAGCAACCUCCUUGCCGGGUAAACCAAAAUAAAUUCUACAUUAUCACCGAGAAUAGCCAAAUGAGAGUAAGGGAGUGUCAAGGGUUCUCACAUCUCUUCCUGAAGCUUGAGGCAUUUUUAUAAUAAUAGAAUAAAAACUCUCCUAUCC